AGUAACGGCCGCGGUCCAGUUCGAUACGGCCGAUUCCAAGGCCCCAAUGGCCAAGCCUGUUGCAGUUUCCAGAAAAAUCUGUGAGAAUGAUUGAAUGGAACCGGAAAAGGGAUGGGGGAAGCAGAGCCUGGCGGGUUGGACCUGUUCCUCCUGAGCGUAGUUCGGGAAAAUCAUCAAGCAACUCGGGAUUGCGAACUCCCGCACAGGUGCCUGCCCCACCAAGGACAGUCUCAUGAGUACACGCUGUUUACGGUGAAUUUGGCCAAUAGGUUAGCCACUUGGAGGAACAAGCGGCCUGAGACUGCCGUCGUUUUUAAGCAUCCGGAAAUGAGUCGCCGACCCCCUCUCCGUUGGACCAGUCCUUGUUGGAAAUAUCACAAAAUCUACGGCUCGCAAUUGCACCGUGAGUUCUGCAAACACCUUCACAGAUCCGACUGA